AGAAAAAAAUAUACAAAAAUAAAAAAUAUAUUUGUGGCAACGAAAUAAAAAGGCGGCGGCUGAGCCAGUUUCUGGUCAAAUUGUCUCCCCCCAUCAUCAUCAUCUUCUUCACUCUGUCAGCUUCCUUCUUAUUUCCUCCUUCAUUCUCAAAUCCAAAUUCUCAAAUCAUAAAUUCUUUAAAUACCCAUUAACAGUUUUCAUCAAACCCUGCAAAUUCAUCAAACAAACUUUCAUCUUUUUUCAAAAAAUAUGGAAGUGAUGAUUCCGCCGUCGCCGUCUCCGGUCGAUUUCAACUUCAAUUUCGACAGUACUUCAACAACCCCAUUCAUUAGUGCACCAAGUAGUCCUCAACCAUUCGGUACUAAUCCUCUCUUCUACAGCGCCCCUGCUAGCCCCACCAGAAUCUCAGCCUUUUAUAGAGAUUUCGAACACUUCUACGCCGGCGCCGGCGACGACGACGGUUGUGAUUCUCCUUCGUCAAUACCAUUCAAAUGGGAAGAGAAACCUGGUAUUCGUAAAACAAACGAUGAUUUCGAAUUUGAUUUCAGUGGUCAAUUGGAUAUAACUUCUGUUUCCGCCGCCGAUGAGUUAUUCGACGGCGGUGUGAUAAAACCAUUGAAACUUCCUCCAAGAUUGCAUUUUAACGAAGUGGGUACAAUCAAUUCACCCAAAUCACCAAAACCCAUUAUCAUGGUGGAUCCAUUGACGGCGACGGCGACGGCGCCGGAGAAGAAAGAAACGGAGCGUGGAAGAGGAGGAGAGAGAAAGUCAUCUUCUUCAUCUUCAUCAAAUGUAAGGAGAAAGGGAAGUAGAUCAUUGUCACCAUUAAGGGUAUUUGAUAUCUUUUCUGAUCAUGAUCAAGAAGAUGGUCCAAAAGAACAACAACAAAACCAACAAUCAUCAACUUCAUUAAUAUCGAAAUGGGGAUGGAAAAGUUGGAAAUUGAAAGAUCUUCUUCUAUUUCGUAGCGCAUCGGAAGGACGAGCGACUGAUAAAUCUCCAAUGAUGAUGAUGAAAAAGUAUGAAAUUAUGAAAAAGACAGGUGAAGAAGAUGUUAAAAAUUCAAGCUUUAGAUCGAAUGAAAGUUCAUCUGGAUCUGUUAAAGGUGGUGGUCGGAGAAAAGGACCGCCGGCGUCGGCGCAUGAAAUUCAUUAUACGGUGAACAGGGCGGCGUCGGAGGAGAUGAAAAGGAGGACUUCUUUGCCUUACCGGCAUGGACUUAUGGGUUGUUUGGGUUUUAAUCCAGUGGUUCGCGAUCAGAUUUCUAGACGGUUUGAAUCGAUGACACGUGGCAGAUGAUAUUUUUCUUACCAUGGGCAUAAUAUUUUACUGCGCUGUAAAUCAGUGGGGAGUUACCAUAGAUGGGUAAGAAUGUUAUUGCAAUUAUAAUUUAUUCUUAUUUAAAAUUGUAAUUGAAGUUUGGUUCAAAUAUAAUACAUUCAUAAUUCUUGUUACUAAAGAUU